AUGACACAGAGCUACGACUAUGAUGAAGGUUCUGAAACCUGGCCAUUCUUCAUGUUGGCGGUUUUAUGUGUGAUUUUGGUUCCGUUGACCAUCAUGCAGUUGUGGGAAGCACUUGCAGGCGGAGAAAAAGACAGAAGUUCACAGCAUCAGCAACAUGUGCUUGGUGAUCUGUCGGAGCGCUACACUGGAAAUGAUGUUCGGACCUUCAGAGCGAAAUACGCAGCCAAAAAGUCGAAGUGGCUUGCCAAACGGAAUUUAGUAAUUAUCGCUGGCUGGACGAUUGUUGCCUACCUGGUGCAGCACAUCGGAUCCAAUGAUGCCAUCAAAGAUGCCGCGACGCUCUUAUUUGAUCCUUACGCGCUUCUGGAUAUUUCUGCUAGCUCGACGGACCGUGAAAUCAGAUCUGCUUACCGCAAACUCUCAAUCAAAUUCCACCCCGACAAAUUGGCCAAAGAUCUCAAGCCUGAAGAACGAUCUGUUCUCGAGGAGCAAUAUGUCAUGAUUACAAAGGCGUACAAAGCUCUCACAGACGAGAUUACCCGCGAAAAUUACCUGAAAUAUGGUCAUCCUGACGGCCCUCAAGCUACGUCUCAUGGAAUUGCUCUACCCAAGUUUUUGGUCGAUAGUUCGGCAUCAUUGGUGAUGAUUGUGGGAUAUAUCGCUCUAUUGGGAUUUAUUUUACCCUUUUUCGUCAGUAGAUGGUGGUCUAAGACUCAGUCUAUGACUAAGAAAGGCAUCCACGUCAAAUCUGCUUCAUAUUUUUCAGACCGGUUGUUUAACUUCAAACCUUCUCAAGUAGUAACGACGCAGCUCAUGAUUAGGUGGAUCUCUCACUCCGAAGAGUUCAAAUUGAUGUUCCCUGCGCUUGCUCCAAAUAUUUUUGAAACGCUGCUGCAUGACCACAUCAACCGCAAGCACAGUGGUAACUUACAAACCACAAAAUUCAGAAUCGUGGCCAAAAGUCAUAUAUUGCUCUUUGGUUUACUUGACAUCGCCACCACUUUCCGCAAUUUGGAAAUCUCCAACGCGGCUAUCGAUACCUUGAAAGCACUUGUGCAAGCUAUUCCGUUAUCGCCAUAUUCUCAAAUUCUUCAACUACCAAAUGUUGAUGCUAAACGCUUUGUCGAGGGAUCUGUGGAUGAUAUUCGUACAUUGGGUAAACUAUUUACCUACGAUGAUGCCAAGAUCGGUAAAAUUUUAGGGAUCGAGGAUGCUACCCAAUUACAAGAAACCCUAACUGUUGCAUCGAACAUCCCAUACUUGAAGCUGAUAAGAGCUGAAUUCAAGGUACCCGGUGAAAGUGUAAUCACACCCCUGUCGACUCCGCAUAUCUCGCUUAAAGUACUUGUGCGCUCCGCCAAACACAAGUUUUUCAGUCCUAACAUGAUUCCGGAUGAAAUGUGUCAAGACGAACAAGACUUUGAUUCUUUGAGGGACCCAUUUGCAUCUGUUUCAGAACAGCCUAAACUACCACAAUCAUUUGCACCUUAUUUCCCCGCUAAGCGCAGUGGAUGCUGGUGUGCACUUGUUGUGCUUCAAAAGGACGGAAAAGUUAUCCAGACUCCCAUGCUCAUUGAUAGAUUAUCUUUUGCCAAUUUAAGCCAAGAUUUCGACAAGAGAACAGUCAAAGACCUAGACAAGGAUUUCAAUCCCGAAAAUUGGGCUGUCGGUACUAUCAAAAUACCAUUCAGUCAACCGGCUCCAGAAGAGAAGGGCGAUUAUUUCUUUAGAGUCAUCAUUAAGAGUACUGAGUAUUUUGGUCCAGAUUUAGACUUCACGGUAUCAAUGGCUGUUCGUGAGCCUUCGCAAGUGGAGGAGAUGGAAAAAGAAGCUGUGCAUGAGGCGUCAGAGUCUGAGGAUGAUGACAGUGACCUUGAAGAGGACGAAGAGAGUAAUGACGAGCUUGAGGAAGAUGAGAAUGAGUACACCGAUAUUGAUACGGAUACCGAUGACGAGAGGGAGGCAGACGAUACCGUGAAAUCAAUUUCGGAGGAGUAG